CUUCUCGAGCCAUUCCGGGUCUGGCAAUUUUCCUGGAUACGAGGGCCCUCCAAGCAGAUUCUAUCAACGCUGAUCAGCGACAAAGUAGAUCGUCACGAGGGAUAUAUCAUCAGGAAGGGCAACUCACCAAGCGAAUGGAAAGCAUGCCAGACCCAUAUAUAUAUCACCAUCAUGGCAUGCUCCAUGGGGGGUGAAGCAGCACCACAUCAGUCACAAAACAUACAAAGAUGGGAAUCGCCAUUAUAACCUUCCCUGUUAUCGGGGCCUACGUGAUAAUUAUCUGCUUGAUAUUGCCCGUCUUCAAUUAUUUCCGCGACCCCAAAGGGCUACGCAAAUACCGCAACCUCUCUUUACUGUCAGGCAUCUCCGACCUUCCAUACGUCUAUCUGAACUCUUUCGGGUUCCGCUCCAAGGCAAUCACCGAAGCUCACCGGAAGCUGAACUCGUCCAUCCUGCGAAUCGGCCCAAAUAAUCUCUCGUUUGGGGAUGUCAAAGCAAUCCGAGACAUCUACGGCCAUUCGACGCCAUGCCUCAAAGACCUCAAGUACGCCAUUACGGGGGGUCCUCAUCCCAACAUCUUUGAUGUCGUCGAUAAACCCAAGCACAGUGAGAAGAGAAAAAGACUCUCUGCCGCCUUUGCAAUCAAGAACCUGGUCGACUGGGAAUUUAAAGUGGCUGACACUACUGCGCGUCUUCUCUCUGCCUUUGACAAGAGAUGCACAGAACCGCUUCCUGUCAAUUGUACGACACCUGUGGAAAACGACCUGACAAUUGACUUUAACCAUUGGAUCAACCUCUUCACAGUUGAAGCCAUCAACGUCAUUGCUCUAUCUUCCAGGCUGGGCCUUCUUGAACAGGGUGACGAUCUUGUCACUGCGCAGAGGAUGGACGGCACGACAUACAAAGCCCACUAUCGAAGAGCCCAGAAUCAAAGUGCCUUUGCGACAUCGUACUUUAUUUGGGACUACCAGAACUUUCACUUGUUGCGUCAACUGUCCAGACUUUUCCCCAAAUGGCGACGGAUUCAUGGAGAGGCGGACCCAUGGAAGGAUGUCAUUUACCACCAGACAAUCACCCGGCUCAAGCGCUACCAAAAUGGAGAGAAGCUCGACGAUUUCUUUGCAUCUCUCAUGGAGAACAAAUCAGGUGAACCGUACAAUCUGGAGUUUGGCGAGAUUCUGGGUGACGUUGGUGCUGUGAUCGAUGCUGGGGCAGACACAACCGCCAUUGCCCUCACCCAGGUAUUGGAGCUCUUGAUUCGUCACCCUCAGCAUAUGGAGACUCUACGACAAGAGGUCGAUUCUGUGCUGGAUGGCGAGGUGGUGGCGCCCUUUGACAAGGUCCGAAACCUACCAUUCCUGCGGGCAUGUCUUGAUGAAGCGAUGAGAAUCAUCCCCCCUACCUCGGCAGGCCUUCCUCGAAGAACCCCCCCUGAAGGCGCCAUGAUCCUGGGGGAAUGGAUCCCUGGCAGUACCAGUGUUUCUAUGACAGCCUACACUACCCAUCAUGAUUCAACCGUCUUUCCAGACCCCGAACAAUUUCAACCGCAUCGCUGGAUGGAUCCGGUUGCACGAAAAAAGAUGGAGCCUUACUUCAUACCAUUCUCAACCGGUGGAAGAGGAUGCAUAGGCCGCAAUAUUUCAUAUCUAGAGCAGACAAUCAUGUUGGCUUCGCUCGUGCAUCGUUAUGAAUUUGCGUUACCGAGCCCGGAAUGGAGGUUGAAGAGAUUUGAAGCGUUCAAUCUUCUCAUGGGGGAGAUGCCCAUCAAGAUCUGGCACAGGAGGAAAACUGGGCAUGUUGCAGCAUAGAUAGGUAGCUAUUUUGUUGUGUUCAUGUUGUGGUUCGUAUUUGAUCAGGACAGUUUGGUCCAUAUGCCUCUUGGUCUUUACUGGCGAGCUUGAUUGGAUGGUAGGAGUAGUCAAG